UUUUCUAUUUUCUGACUAUUUUCUUAGCUUUUUAUGCAAAGAAUGAAUGGCGUUCCCGCUCUGAAGGUACCGCAGCGGUUUGCACAAACUUACAGAAAGCACCUGGAAGCGCAAGGUGUCUGGGAACCAAGAUUCCUUGUGCAGAAGAAUUCCGACGGUACAGUCGCCCUGCCCAUCUUGCCAGCCUGCUUACCAGAGCUUGAUCUGCUUUCUCUCCCCCUCACUGUGGCGCCUGGCAGCACUUGCUCCCUCGUUUAUAUCCAGGAGCCUACCCCGUCUAAGAAGGAGAGAGUCACAUCUAGCAGUAACAAGCUUGUGGAGGCCCUGCAGGACCUGCUGGCAUCACAUGGGGAGACGUGGAGUGAGGACCUAAGAGAGGACAUUCCACACUCUUGGCAGCACCAUGGAGACCUGAUUCUGCUUGGGGAGGGCUGCUUCUCUCAGCACAUCUGGAAGAGUAUGGGCAAGGAGCUGUGGCAGGCAGUGGCCCAUGGACUGGGAGCCAAGAGGCUGGCACAAAUGGGACGAAUUUCCAGCGAUGGGUUCAGGACACCUGUGGUGACCAUGUUGUUGGGAGAGGACAGCUUGGUCACACACGUGGACAAUAGAAUAAGGUAUGAAUUCGAUGUGACCAAGUGCAUGUUCUCCUGUGGAAACAUCACAGAGAAGCUCAGGAUUGCCUCGUUUGACUGCAGCGGAGAGACAGUGGUGGAUCUGUAUGCUGGUAUUGGCUACUUCACCCUCCCGUACUUAGUGCACGCAGGGGCAGCCCAUGUACAUGCUUGUGAAUGGAACCCCCAUGCUGUGAAGGCCCUUAAGAGAAACCUGGAGCUCAACAGAGUGUCCGAGCGCUGCACUGUCCAUGAGGGGGACAACAGACAGCUUCCGCUGCAUGACCUGGCCGACCGGGUGAAUUUAGGCCUGAUCCCCAGCUCUGAGGACGGCUGGCCCGUGGCGUGCCGGGUUCUGAAGCAGGGGACCGGCGGUGUCCUUCACAUUCAUCAGAACGUCACCUCGCCCACCAACCCUACGGAGCCUGAGGGGGGUUCCGUCCCGCUCACGACCGGCACAAGCUGCCCGGCUCAGGGACAGGGGACGGGGGUCAGGGUGGGAUCCUCUCAGAAGAGCAGCGCAGAGAGAGGGGCGUGGAAGGAAUGGGCUGAGGACACGGCCAGCCGCAUUGCCUCCCUGCUUCAUGAUGUUUUGGGCAAGCCCUGGAGGACCAGCAUCCAGCACAUAGAGCAUGUGAAAUCAUACGCACCUCACAUUCAUCACCUAGUGCUGGACUUGGAGUGCAGGCCCUGCUGAGGGCUGGGGGCUCCGCUGGAAGUACAGGCACUUCUUCUCCAGAAUAA